ACCAAAAAAACCUGCGUCCUGCACAUCAGUCCUGAUUGGUCGAGACGUGUUCUAGAGUACUUUCUGCUAGUUCACACAGCCACGUUUUGUCUUGCUGAAGAAAGAACAUGGAUACAGCUGGAAAAGUGAUCAAGUGCAAGGCAGCUGUUGCCUGGGAGGCUGGGAAGGGUCUGUCUAUAGAAGAGGUGGAGGUGGGUCCACCGAAGGCCCAUGAAGUGCGCAUAAAGCUGUUUGCGACCGGAGUCUGUCAUACAGAUGCCUACACCCUGAGCGGCAGUGAUCCAGAGGGACUGUUCCCUGUCAUCCUGGGUCAUGAGGGUGCCGGGACAGUCGAAAGUGUGGGAGAGGGCGUAGCCAACUUUAAGCCAGGUGACCAUGUCAUCCCUUUGUAUGUGCCACAGUGUGGGGAGUGCAAAUUCUGCAAAAACCCUAAGACCAACCUCUGCCAGAAGAUCAGGAUAACCCAGGGUCGGGGUCUGAUGCCGGACAACACCUCGCGGUUUACCUGUAAGGGCAAGCAGCUCUUUCACUUCAUGGGGACCAGCACCUUCUCAGAGUACACGGUGGUGGCUGACAUUUCACUGGCCAAGGUGGAUAAACAGGCUCCCCUGGACAAAGUGUGCCUGCUGGGCUGUGGGAUCUCCACAGGCUAUGGAGCGGCCCUCAACACUGCGAAGGUUGAGCCUGGCUCCACCUGUGCUGUGUUUGGCCUGGGUGCUGUCGGCCUUGCCGUCAUCAUGGGCUGCAAAGUUGCCGGGGCGACCAGGAUCAUUGGCGUGGAUAUUAAUCCAGACAAGUUUGACAAGAGCAAGGAGUUUGGGGCCACAGAGUUUGUGAACCCGAAGGACCACGAUAAACCUAUCCAGGAGGUUCUGGUUGAGAUGACUGAUGGAGGGGUGGACUACUCCUUCGAAUGCAUUGGCAAUGUGGGAAUCAUGAGGGCUGCUCUGGAGGCGUGUCACAAAGGGUGGGGUGAGAGCAUCAUAAUUGGGGUGGCGGGCGCAGGACAGGAGAUCUCCACACGUCCGUUCCAGCUGGUUACUGGCCGUGUGUGGAGGGGCACAGCAUUUGGAGGCUGGAAGAGUGUGGAGAGCGUCCCUAAACUAGUGGCCGACUACAUGAAUAAGAAGCUGAAGGUGGAUGAGUUUGUGACCCAUACUUUGCCAUUUGACCAGAUCAAUGAGGGCUUUGACCUCAUGCAUGCCGGAAAGAGUAUCCGAACCGUCCUGAAGUUCUGAAACACCUGCCUGCUGUGUUUGGCCCGUCUUCCCUGGCUUCUAUAAAAUAAUCACUUUUGUACUCUGUAGCAUUUACAACCCAGGGCACUUAUGUCACCCAACUUUCAGAAUUCAGAUUCCCUGUUUUUGGGCAUGUCUGUUGUUCUUAGAUGUUGCUGAUACUUGAUAGAGGUUACAAAGGCUUGGAUAGGUAUUUUCUUUCCCAGUCAGCUCACCAUGUGGUAUGUUCUCUUAUGCCCGACUUCACAGUUGAACAAUGGAUGAUUCAUGCAAUGUCUGAGCUGGGUGACUUGACUUGUACGUAUUCUGCUUUCUCUUAUCAAUUAGCAUUAUACACCUGUUAUGGAAUUAAGUUGUAAUGUAUUUUUUGCAGUUUAAUGUCAAUGUCUCAUUUGGGCAGUGGCGUUGGAAAGUAUUCAGCCACCUUCAGUUCUCUACAUUAAGUGUAAAAGAAAAAUAAAGCUAGCAAUCUACACACAACAACUCA